UAUUGCACCUUUAUGGCUACGCUGGAUUUUACUAUAGGCAAAAAUCUUGGCAAUUUGAAGCAGGGAAGCCGAAAUGGAAUUCUGCAGAAGUCAGAUACUAGCUCUUGUAGCUUUGUUUCUAUUUCCAGUGGCUUAUGGAUGGGGAAUCGAUGGCCAUCUCAUUACUUGUCGAAUUGCCCAGGUUCUCGACUGUCCAGUAUUGAAAGGAGUUCGUAUUUCCAAAUGUAUUUUUCGAUGUAAUUCCCCAGCAGAUGCUGUGGAGAAUUUAUUGCCAGCCUAUGCAGAUAAUGAUCUGGGGAGCGUUUGUGCGUGGGCAGACCGUGUCAAGUUCCAUUAUCACUGGUCGUCCGCUCUUCAUUUUAUCGACACCCCGGAUAAUCUCUGCACAUAUCAAUACAGCAGGGAUUGCAAGGAUGAAGAUGGCAUAAAAGAUAGAUGUGUAGCGGGAGCUAUCAACAACUACACCACUCAGCUUCUCACCUAUGGCAAUGAAAAUUCUGCUUCUCAGUAUAAUUUAACAGAAGCACUUCUCUUCCUUUCUCAUUUUAUGGGAGAUAUUCAUCAGCCUCUACAUGUAGGAUUUACUUCCGAUAGGGGUGCAAAUACAAUCGACGUCCAUUGGUACACGAGAAAAACAGUUCUUCAUCAUGUGUGGGACAAUAGCAUAAUCGAGACAGAAGAAGAAAGAUUCUAUGAUUCCAAUGUAAAUGAAAUGAUUGAUGCAAUCCAAAAAAACAUAACGACAGUAUGGGCCAAACAAGCAAAAGCAUGGGAGGCCUGCAGCAAGACAACUUGCCCAGAUCUAUAUGCAUCAGAAGGUAUAAAAGCAGCCUGUGAUUGGGCAUAUAAAGGUGUGCAUGAAGAUUCGGUGCUUGAAGAUGACUAUUUCCUUACCCGUUCACCAAUGGUCAAUUUGCGGCUAGCUCAGGGUGGAGUUCGUUUGGCAGCAACGCUUAACCGCAUAUUCGGAUGACAAGUAUAUCGGCCAUGCUCUGAAACAGCAUGUAGGAAAAAUCAUGCUAGAAUUCAACACCACAUCUAAAUGUAAGCGGGUGACAAAAAUGAGCAUAAAUCACUGUUUCUUUAUCAUGUAAUAAAAAAAAUCAACCAAUUUGCAUUUCAAAUAUAAAAGUAUUUCACAUUUUA